UCGUCUCUACUCUCUACCUGUGAUUUCAAAUACAAGGUCUCUACUUGCGGAGCAGAUCGGACUCUGGUUCUUCGAUUAAUCGGAAAAAAUGGAGAUCGGGGGGUGUCAGGAGAUUGAUCUUCAACUUGAAGCCAACGAUCUCAUUGGAAAUUUUCAGUUCGCAGAAACUUUGGAUGCUAAUAAAGGAGUUAAUAGUGUUGGCAUUGAUGUGAAUGGUCGCUUUCCUGAACUGCAAGAAUCGACAGAACCUGAAAGAAACCAGGGAAAUGGAAGGCAUAACUUGCGGAAAAGCCUAGCCUGGGACCCUGCCUUCUCCACCAAUGAGGGAGUACUAGACCCAGAAGAAAUGUCGAGCAUGAUUACCAAAUCGGAUAAAAAUGAAAAGCAUAUAUUACCAGGGAUUCAAGAAGAACUGACAGGGUCAACUGAGUCUAUCUCUACUCUUCAAAGUGAUAGUUUGAUUCUAGAAAGCAAUGAUGAUGACUUGUUUUUGGACAUUAGAGCUUCCAUCCAAAGAUCCAGUAAGAAAGCACCCAACUUGAUUAAUUCAAGCAGUAAGAUAGCAGCUAUGGUGCUAAAUGGCCCAGCCAUUUCAUCUCCAAAGAAGGAAGAUAUAUCUAAAAAUAAGUGCCAAAAACCAGGUGUGAAGAAAACUACUGGCCUGCAGACUGUCCGGAUGUCAAAAUCUCAGCUAAAACCAAUUGGGAAGCUAGCAUCAGGAAGAUCAAUCAAGCCGGAUUCUGUUCAAUCACAGGCUGGAUCUAUUGGUAAAAGUGGAGAGACGAAUUCAGUUGUUCCCAAACCACUCAAAACCAUUAGCAGCUAUGUUCCCUCCUCAACCGCAGCAAAGCGGGAGUCUCUUGGAAUCGGUCGUCUCAAACCUGAAUGCGGUAGCUCUAAAAGUGGAGAGAUGAAUUCAGUUGUUCCCAAACGACUCAAAACCGUUAGCAGCUACGUUCCCUCCUCAACCGCAGCAAAGCGGGAGUCUCUUGGAAUUGGUCGUCUCAAACCUGAAUGUGGUAGUUCUAAACAAGGAUCUGUCUCUGGAAAAGUGACUCAGCUACAUAAAGUGUCUGCAUUAGGUGGUUCCAAAAAGGUGCUGCCAAAGCCUGCUGUAUCACCAAGGUUUUCUUCAGUGCGCUCUUCAACUACAAGUAAUGUGCCUUCGACAAGGUCCUCUACUUCAAGCGACAACUCUGUUAGCACAUCCUCUGGGAAUGCUGCUAAGCCUACACUUAUGGCUGCAAGAAGAAAUCUAGGCAAAAGCAGCACCAAUAGUCCUGGCCCCUCUGGCUCCAUCCCUAGAACUCCAUCAAGAGCUCUACCAAAGAACAAACUGCCAACCUCUAAUCUUUCGGCUUAUCUAAAGUCUACAAAGCUCUCCACAAGUGUCUCACCAGCCAGUUCAAUUAGUGAAUGGUCUUCAGUGUCAUCCCUACGAUCUAGUUACUCAAGGAGCAGCAUAGAUACCAGUUCUUGUAGGUCAGUGGAUGGUGAAAACAUGCGUUCGGAUCCAAGGCGUAAGGUAGCAGGUCAAAUGGCUGAAAGAAAAGGAAACCAUGGAGCUAUUUCAUCAAGCAACACUCCAAAAAAAUCCACAGCAACAUCUAGUACCCUUCAGGCUCCUAUGAAACCAUCUGAUACCCUUCAGGCUCCUAUGAAACUAUCAGGAUUACGAUUGCCAUCACCCAAAAUUGGCUUUUUUGAUGGGUCAUCGUCUCGUACUCCUGGUAGAAAUAACCGCUCUCCCUCUGUCUUGCACCCUGUGAUUCCCAAGAAUGGACCAACUGCAUCCACUCCAACUCGAAGCUCAAAUGGAAAACUGAAGAGCGCAAACAUACCAAUGGCUAGGAUGUCAACUUGUUUGACAAACAUAAAGUCUCCAAAGGCUGUAUCUCUUGCCUCCUCACAAGAAAAGUCAUGUGCAUUCGUUAAACCAUAUGGUGUUUCAACGCGUGUAACUGAUUCUUCUAGCUUGUCUGAUGGGGUUAAAGUCAUGUGCACUGCUGAUGACACUGACAACUUAGGGGAUUUGAGUUUGACUAAAAACAUGACCUUUGGGGAUAUCACUACUGCUACAGGUGAAGGUAACAAUGCUUCUGCGUCAGAAUAUAUCAGUCAAAUCAGGGAUAAUCUGGUUAUGAAGGACGAGCUUAAGAAGAACUUGGUUCCAACUCCUGAAGCAGUAAAGGAAGACGGGGAUCCUGCUAACUAUCCAGGGGAGGGGUUAACAGGAGACAAGACAGGCACAUGUGAAAAAAAUCAGGAGCCAAAUUCCCAGCUUCUUAGUGAUAUAUCAGAAUGUGCACUCUCUUCUACAGCAGCUGCCUCCGAGGCUGCAGUACACAGAACCCCAUUUGCUCUAAAGAAUCCCUCCAACGGUAUAAAAUUUGCUGGUAAGCCUACAGAGGCGGCUAUCCAGAUUGCAAUAGCAGAGCAUGUAUUGCCUUGUUCUGAAGAUAAAGAGAAUAGCUAACCUACACUUCACAUAAGCUAUCCUCAACUAAUGUAGUUCAAUCAGAUUCAGUGAAGGUUACUCAUGAAGCCAUAUUGUUCCACAUCUCCCUCAAGAAGAGCAAACACAAAUGGAAGGAUAUUGACACAUUGUUCUAUUUAUGAGAAGCCACAUUUGCUCAACAUCUCUUAUUUUCCUUUUUCCUGUGUACUCUAAAGUCUUAAAUACAAACUUGAUGUUGUUUAAACAUUGUAUAUACGAUUCACAACACAGAAUCAAAUUGGAUGCAAUUCCAACA